GGCGGCGGCAGAGCGAGCGCGGGAGGUCGCCGCAGCCGGGGGACGCCGCGCGCCGCUGCCCAUCAUGGUCGCUGCGCACGCUGCCCAUUCUUCCUCCUCCGCCGAGUGGAUCGCCUGCCUGGAUAAAAGACCAUUAGAACGAUCCAGUGAAGAUGUGGAUAUAAUCUUCACACGGCUGAAAGAAGUUAAAGCUUUUGAGAAAUUUCACCCAAAUCUCCUUCAUCAGAUUUGUUUAUGUGGUUAUUAUGAGAAUCUGGAAAAAGGAAUAACAUUAUUUCGCCAGGGUGAUAUUGGAACCAACUGGUAUGCUGUCCUGGCAGGGUCUUUGGAUGUUAAAGUUUCUGAGACCAGCAGUCACCAGGAUGCAGUGACCAUCUGCACUCUGGGGAUUGGGACAGCCUUUGGAGAGUCCAUUCUGGACAACACACCCCGCCAUGCGACAAUUGUUACCAGGGAAAGCAGUGAACUUCUCCGCAUCGGGCAAAAGGACUUCAAGGCACUAUGGGAGAAAUAUCGACAGUACAUGGCAGGACUUCUGGCUCCUCCUUAUGGUGUUAUGGAAACAGGCUCUAACAAUGACAGGAUUCCUGACAAGGAGAACACACCUCUCAUUGAACCUCACGUUCCUCUUCGUCCUGCUAACACCAUUACCAAGGUUCCUUCAGAGAAGAUCCUCAGGGCUGGAAAAAUAUUACGAAAUGCCAUUCUCUCUCGAGCACCUCACAUGAUAAGAGAUAGAAAAUACCACCUAAAGACAUACAGACAGUGCUGCGUGGGGACCGAGCUGGUGGAUUGGAUGCUGCAGCAGACCCCGUGUGUUCACUCCCGAGUCCAAGCUGUUGGCAUGUGGCAAGUCCUGGUAGAAGACGGUGUUCUCAACCACGUGGACCAGGAGCAUCAUUUCCAAGAUAAAUAUUUAUUUUAUCGAUUUCUGGAUGAUGAGCAUGAGGAUGCGCCUUUGCCUACAGAGGAGGAGAAAAAGGAGUGUGAUGAGGAGCUGCAAGACACCAUGCUGCUGCUGUCGCAGAUGGGCCCCGACGCCCACAUGAGGAUGAUCCUCCGCAAACCACCUGGCCAGAGGACCGUGGAUGACCUAGAAAUUAUCUAUGAAGAACUCCUUCACAUUAAAGCCUUAUCCCAUCUUUCUACCACGGUGAAACGGGAGUUAGCAGGUGUUCUCAUUUUCGAGUCUCACGCCAAAGGAGGAACCGUGUUGUUUAACCAGGGGGAAGAAGGCACCUCCUGGUACAUUAUUCUAAAAGGAUCAGUGAAUGUAGUCAUUUAUGGCAAGGGUGUGGUCUGCACGCUGCACGAAGGCGACGACUUUGGCAAGUUAGCGCUAGUGAAUGAUGCCCCGAGAGCUGCCUCCAUCGUCUUGCGAGAAGAUAACUGCCAUUUCUUAAGAGUAGACAAGGAGGAUUUUAACCGGAUCCUGAGGGACGUUGAGGCGAAUACAGUCAGACUUAAAGAACAUGACCAAGAUGUCUUGGUGCUGGAGAAGGUCCCAGCAGGGAACAGGGCUUCUAAUCAAGGAAACUCACAGCCUCAGCAAAAGUAUACUGUGAUGUCAGGAACACCUGAAAAAAUUUUAGAGCAUUUUCUAGAAACGAUACGCCUUGAGCCAGCUUUAAACGAAGCAACAGAUUCUGUUUUAAAUGACUUUGUUAUGAUGCACUGUGUUUUUAUGCCAAAUACCCAGCUUUGCCCAGCUCUGGUGGCCCAUUACCACGCACAGCCUUCACAAGGUACAGAACAAGAGAAAAUGGAUUAUGCCCUCAACAAUAAGAGGCGAGUCAUCCGCCUGGUUUUGCAGUGGGCCGCCAUGUAUGGAGACGUCCUGCAAGAGGAUGAUGUGGCAAUGGCUUUCCUGGAGGAGUUUUAUGUGUCUGUAUCAGAUGAUGCCCGGAUGAUUGCUGCCCUCAAGGAGCAACUGCCCGAGUUGGAGAAGAUUGUCAAGCAAAUUUCAGAAGAUGCAAAGGCUCCACAAAAGAAGCACAAAGUUCUUUUGCAGCAGUUCAACACAGGCGAUGAGAGAGCCCAGAAGCGCCAGCCUAUCCGUGGCUCUGAUGAAGUUCUGUUUAAAGUCUAUUGCAUGGACCACACCUACACAACCAUCCGGGUGCCAGUGGCUGCCUCGGUGAAGGAAGUCCUCAGCGCAGUUGCCGACAAACUAGGCUCUGGGGAAGGCCUGAUCAUCAUCAAGAUGAGUUCCGGAGGAGAAAAGGUGGUGCUCAAACCUAAUGAUGUUUCAGUAUUUACGACGCUCACUGUUAAUGGACGCCUGUUUGCUUGCCCGCGAGAGAAAUUCGAUUCACUGACUCCCUUGCCAGAGCAGGAGGGCCCAACUGUUGGAACAAUGGGAACUUUUGAAUUGAUGAGCUCCAAAGAUUUGGCAUACCAGAUGACAGUUUAUGAUUGGGACCUCUUCAGCUGUGUGCAUGAGCUGGAGCUAAUCUAUCACACAUUUGGAAGGCAUCAUUUUAAAAAGACCACAGCAAACUUGGAUUUGUUCCUGAGGAGGUUUAAUGAAAUUCAGUUUUGGGUUGUCACUGAGAUUUGCCUUUGUUCCCAGCCUAGCAAGCGUGUUCAGCUCUUAAAAAAAUUCAUUAAGAUCGCGGCCCACUGUAAGGAGUAUAAGAAUCUGAAUUCCUUUUUUGCCAUCGUCAUGGGACUAAGCAAUGUUGCUGUGAGCCGCUUGGCACUAACAUGGGAGAAACUGCCAAGCAAGUUCAAGAAGUUCUAUGCGGAGUUUGAAAGUUUAAUGGAUCCUUCAAGAAACCACAGGGCCUACAGGCUGACGGUAGCCAAGCUGGACCCUCCUCUCAUCCCCUUCAUGCCUUUGCUCAUUAAAGAUAUGACAUUUACUCAUGAGGGGAACAAGACAUUCAUUGACAAUCUAGUAAACUUUGAAAAAAUGCGCAUGAUUGCAAAUACUGCCAGAACGGUGAGAUACUGCAGGAGCCAACCCUUCAAUCCUGAUGCAGCUCAGGCUAAUAAGAACCAUCAGGAUGUCCGGAGUUAUGUACGACAAUUAAAUGUGAUUGACAACCAGAGAACUUUAUCACAGAUGUCACACAGAUUAGAGCCUCGUCGACCAUAGACAUUUAAAGAGCUCAGAACAACGGUUUGCCUCCAGUCCACAAUCUUUCAAAAAUGCCAUUUAUGCUAGUACUGACUGUAUUGUCACUAGAGAAUUCUAUAAAACAAGCAAAAACCCAUCCUGAGACAUCUCAGUGCUGCAUUCAGCUUACCAGCGUCAUGACAAAAGAAGAAAUUCUUUGGCUUGCAUACAGCUUGCACACCACUAGCUUAGGAAUCCCCCGUUUGUAGUCACCGUAUUUUAUUUCCAGUUGUGCCAUCUUCUUUGCUGAAACACAAAAUAAGACCAACAUGAAGAGUAUGGUAGAAAUAUCAUUGUCAAGAGAAGUAUCAAGCUCCUGAUAUUUUUUUCUAGGAGUGUUUACAGGAUGAGAUGUGCUACAAAUGGUAUUUAUUUGGCUGCAUCAUUGGUGGUAUAGUUUCAUAAUUUCUAACUCAACAUUUUGAUUUGAGCAUGGGGUUUUUGGAAGGUGUUGAGGAAUCCGUGUAACUCCAAAUUAGAGGCUAUAUUCUUCCAUCUUCAUAGUCUUACCUCUGAAGGAAUUGUACCUGACCACAUUACUAUAAAACAUUCUGGCUGUUUAUGUAAUUUAGGGAGGACUGGUCUGUAAUUUCUGAAUGACAUAUAGAAUAAUAUUUAUGUUUACAAUGUAACUUUUUUAAACUUACAAAUCAGGAGUACAUAUAUAAGAAUUCCACUGAGAAACUCCAAGUUUCUUAAAAUUGCUAGCAUUAAGAUUAAAAAAAAAAUGAC